GCCAACAUCUGUGUGUUUGUGUGUCUCUGUCCGUAGUCUCAGACCAGUCUGGACUGGCUGCCUCUGUGCUCUGUGUAGCCAGUUCGACAGAUUGUUUCACUGUGGAGACUUUACGGGAUUGGAGUGAGACUUUUCUUGGAUAGAUUGAUAGAUCCCAGUGAGACAGUUCUGUGUGAUGGAUAGUUUGUGACUGAUCGGGAGAUCUUUUGGGAGCAUACAAGGGUCCUGUAGCCUACAGUACGAGGCUAUCUAUCAGCAGGGAGAGGAGUUGGCUCGACUCUACAGCUACGUGACCACGCUUCACUGACUCAACCAUUGGAUGUCAUAAUGCUAUGUCCAAGCUGAAGAGGUCUGUGUCUUUUCUGGAUAAGGCUGGAGCUGGAUGCGUUUCUCUCCUGUUCUGUGAUGGUGUGAUCUCACUGCUGGAGAUGUAGGAAGCCCUAUAUUCAGCGCCUUUCACACUUUCUAGUCUCUACUCUCUCUGUCUGCCUGCCUGUAUAGAGCAGAGCAGGCCUCGCUCUGUACUGUGGAGCUUGCUUAACUGCCUGGACGGGACAUUAUAGCAUGGCUGUUUAAUCAUCUAAGUGGAUCUAUUGCUGUUGGGUAAAAAGGGAGCCGUGGUGAGAAACGGUAACGUUCCCUAGAAAGGGCCCAAACCCUGGCCGCCAUGGCCCCUCGCAAGCGUCCAGGGCGGGGCCUCUCCGAUAUUUUCUGCUGUUUUAAAGGGAGUGAUCACCCGGAGAUCACCUACCGCCUUCGCCAUGACAGUAACUUCAUCCUACAGACCAUGGAGCCCUCCCUGCCCAUGCCACUUGAAGAGGAGCUGGAUGCCAUGUUCUCUGAGCUGGUUGAUGAGCUGGACCUGUCAGGGAAACACCGGGAAGUCAUGUUUGCGCUGCCAGCUGAGAAGAAAUGGCAGAUGUACUGUAGCAAAAGAAGGAGGGAGAAGAGAGCAAGGGUGCGACUAGCUGGCCAGAGUUCUAUAUCGACCAGUUGA